AAAAAUGUCAUUAACAGUCGAAGCUCCAGCUAUAUCAUCCGUAGGUAAUCCUGUCGCCUUGGAGACAAGCAGUGAUUCAUAUUUGCCAUCACAAGACGUGAUUACAGCACCUGUAACUAACUGGUCAACUACAGUAUUGCCAUUCGUAACGCCAACUAGUAGACACUUGCAAACAAUCACUUUGUCCAAGCCUUCGGUUAUUUGGACUGCAACAGGAAAAAUGAAGACUACGUCUGAGCUUGGAGUGUCAACUAAAAUUCUGUCUGGUCCUUCUUCGGCAAUACUUUCUUUUACACCAAGUAGAAAAUUCGUUGAAAUCAACACCACAUCCAGGUCUUCAGUUUCUUUGUCAACGAACCAAACUACAGAAAUGUCAUCGACCGUCGUACAACCCACUCUAUCAUCUGCAGUUACUCGCGUAGUUUUGACGAGAAAUAAUUCACAUACGCCACCAGGCGAAGUGACUAAAAUGCCUUUAAAUAGCAUAUCCACUGCGAAUUGGUCUGUUAAAUGGACAACGCUUGCUGUGACCGAAGAUAGUGAAUAUAUUAAAAUCAACGCCACAUCCAGGCCUUCAAUACUAAGAAAUCUACCCCUUGCAACGGAUUCAGCAACAGCAAUUUCAACCACGGUUAUUCUACCUACUCAGUCAUCUACAGUUUUGAAAAUGGAAAGUUCACAUACACUGGGAAAGGACGUGACUACUGCGCCAGUGAUUGACAUCUCAAUUACAACUAUUUCAGCAGUACUUCAUGUAACGCCUAGUAGUGCUUUCAGUAUCACUUCCAGUCCUUCGGUGAAAACGACGAUUUCAACGCAAGGUUCUUGUUCAAGAGAUGUUGAUGGUUCACCUGAAGCGUAUGGAAUUUUUUUGUGGCCAGAAACACCAACUGGAAACAUUUCUACGGUUGCUUGUCCCUACAACAACGAGUCUUUCGCCAGCCGUGAAUGUUUUUAUACAAACAAAAGAGGUGGCGAAAGUGUUUGGGGUCCUACUGUAGCCACUAAGUGCAUAUUUAAAAACGAGAGAAGCAAAGACAUUUUUCGAUUGUCAGAGGAAGAAGUAAAUGUUAACAACGUGGUAAAAAUAGUCGAAGAAUUGAAAAACUUGUCCAUUGUUGAUCAGAACAGUACUCUAAACGCAGGAGAUAUCGACAAUAUCGCUACGGUAUUAGAAAAUAUUGCUGCAGUGAAAGGAAAAGCAAACGAGAUUUUUGACGAUUUCACCGACACAAUAGACAAUGUGCUGGACAGCAAAAUAGAAAAUAUCUUAAAAGCACAAGUGGAGAAAAAAUCUUCGUCGAGGAUUGUCAACAUUUUGGACAACUUUGCAGACUCAUUAGUUGCCGGUCCCGAAGGGAAACUCGAAGCAGACAAAAGAAACUUUGCCAUCAACUUACAAACUGUGCUUACGCAGAGCUUUUCCGGACUAAAUUUUUCAGGCGUUAACAACGUAUCAGGUGAACCAAAAAGAGAAAAUAAUGGCAUCCCACCAUCUCUUAUGAUUCCACAAACAAUAUUCAACGAUUCGACUGUUAAUACCAGUGCUGCGAACCAUACUGUCAUUUUUGUGCUUUAUAAAGACUCGAAAUUCUUCAGAGUGUCAUUGGAGGAUACCACGAGAACGUUUGGUCGCUUGAAUAGUCUUGUGAUUUCUGGAAGGAUCAAGGGAUUAUCUGUUCAAAAUUUAAACAACGCAGUGCAUUUUGCAUUAUCAAGCAUCGAAGAAGGCGACACGAACAGUACACUGUGCUCCUACUGGAAUUUCACCAUAGGCACAGGAAAUUGGUCACAAGAAGGCUGUCAGUUUGAAGGUGUUCUUAAUUAUGGAAGGGUGCUUUGUAGUUGCAAUCAUUUAACCAACUUCGCUAUGUUGAUGGAUGUUUAUCCAGGAGAGAAAACGGUACACGAUAGAAUACUUGGGGUAGUGAGUUAUGUUGGAUGUGCGCUAUCACUGGUCGGGCUCACAUUUACAAUAAUUACAAUACUAAUAUUGAGGGAACUUCGAACCCAACUUCCAAGCCAGAUUUUGCUGAACUUCUGUAUUGCUUUGUCGUUGACGAUAAUUGUAUUCUUAGCGGCUGCGGAGGAGUCGAAAACGUCAUCAUUAGCCGGCUGUCGGACAGCGGCCAUUGCGUUACAUUACUUCUUGUUAGCAGCAUUCUUGUGGAUGGCGGUAGAAGCGUAUAAUAUGUAUCGGGCAUUUGUGAUUAUCUUUGCGGAUUCGCAUCCAUCCAAGUUUUUAAUGAAAUGCUGUUUGUUUGCAUGGGGAUCCCCAGGAGUAAUUGUAGCGAUAACAAUGAUAGUGGCACUGGAAAAAUAUGGCGACAAAACCUAUUGUAGAUUACAUGGCGUGCCCUUUAUUGUGGCGUUUUUCACACCAACAAUUCUCGUUCUUGUUGGUAAUAUCGUGGCGUUCUGUUUUAUCAUGCGAUCAUUGCUCACUGCCGGUAAAAAGGCCACCUCAGACCACAAGGAAACAGGCAUUUUGCAAGCUAAGCGGGGGAUAGCGAUUAUGGUGCUGCUUGGUUUGACCUGGCUUUUCGGUAUUCUUGCAAUUGGUGAUGCAAAAGUUACGUUUCAAUACCUCUUCUGCAUUUUCAACACACUUCAAGGACUGUUUGUGUUUCUCUUUUUCACCGUUCUACCUUCUGGAACAAGACGAAAACUGCAAAAACUUGGUAAAGGUAAAUAUUCAAAAAGAAGCAAACUGGAGCGUAAGAACCUAAACGGUGGAAGCAUUCAUUUUAACAGCAAGGCAUACUCCAGUGAAAAUAAUACGUUUUCCACCGGCAUGAGUGAAAAUAAAGUUGCCGAACUGAGUAUAGCUGUUGAAGCCUCCUUGGAUGGUAUCGUUGUAAGGGAUACUGGCGCUAAAGAAAAUUACAUAAACUUCACAUUGGACGAGAUUCCGGAAGAGGUGCGGGAGACUUUCAUUGGUUACAUCUGAGAAAAAUUUCGAAGGAAAAUUAAUUAAAAUACCCAGCGCUAGUUUAGCUGUCAUGGGGUAAUAAUAAUUCCUGCUGUAUUCAAUAUAUCUCAUUCUAUAUCUAAUUCAAUAUAUCCUCUAAGCUACAAGCAUUUCUGCAGGAUGGCGGUUUGAGCAAUAUUUUAAAACACGUAUAAUCGCAAAUAAAACGUACACUCUAUCGUAUAGCUACUUAAUUUGUUUACUUAUAUUCGUUG